GUCCACGAGAAAGCUUUGAAUAUCCUGUUUCCAGAACACAUCGCCAUCCAACGGCGAUUGAUCCAUGUAAGGGAGGAAACCCAGAUAUUAUAACAUAGCCUAGAUGAGAAUAGCCAUGAUUUGUUCGUGUCGUAAGCGGUCUUUGGAAACCAAUACUCCAAUACUGGAUGUGGAGAGAAUACUACAAGAUUAUGCUUGGAAAGAUUUUAAAGAAAAAAGUCGACGAGUUGAAAAGAUAUUCCUGCGCAGACGAGAUUUCGAUGUUGAGGUUCCUAUGAACUACUUCCAUUUUGAAGACACUGACACGAUUCUAAAAACAAAAGAUUCCAAACCAAAAACGAAAGCAGCAGCCGGUCAAUCUAUUUCAGAAACAUCGGUCCUGCAGACACAGUUCAGAAACAACACCAAUAAAUGUCAGACGUACAAGUUCAGAACAGAAAGGACAAGGAAGGCCACGAUCAGUGUCUCAUUUCAGAGAGGUUUUUCAAUUGGUGGGAAAGCUCAGUUUAAACUCGGACUCCCGAAGAUGAUGUCUCUAGGGUGCGAUGUUGACAUGAGACUGCAAAUAUCCAAAACGACUGGGGAAACGUUUGAAGAAACGCUGACAUUUGAGGCUAAUAGUGAUAUCAAUGUGGAGGAAAACUGCGACUACACUGCGAAUGUGGCCUUCACUGAGAAAGAAAUAUCAGCUGAGUUCAUGGUGCAGACGUUCAUGAGGAUGCCGACAGGAACAGCGCCUGUGUACAUCAGACGAAAACGAGACCAUGAACUUUAUGCAACAGUUUUUAUAAACGACCUCAAAGACGUUUUCGCCGAUUAUAAAACUUCCGCAGAAAUCAUUGACGAGUCUGCUGUGGGUGCAAAUGUUGCUCAGUAUGCAAUCGAGUUCACUACAACUGGAAUUGUUGAGGGAAUGCGGCUUUCUGGUCAGAAAAUAUAUCUUGACUCUAAGAAGUUAGACAAGGGAGCUAUUUCCCAUCAGACAGUGAUGACAGUGCUGAGGAAGACUCUACAGAUGGCGCCUCCGUGUCUACGUCUCCGCCCUCUGAUGCUGGCACUAACACAAGCAUGGAGACACAAUCGCUUCCUGAGGACAAGAAUGAGGACGUUUUUGACAAGACGACACCUUGUUCUUUGGGAACGCCUUCUCCCAAACCAAGUCCCGGAAAACUACCCUCUAAGGAUACGCAUAAGGAAACAGGCAAAGUGCCACUAA